AUUUAUUUGGCCCUUGUUGAGACGACUUUUUUUAUGUUAUUCUUUCCUUUUCCACACUCGACUCCUAUCAUCAUAUUCCUCCUUCUGUGGUACUCUCAGAUUCGCGCAAUUGAAUCUCUCUCUUCUCUUUACACCCCACUCUGACUUGUAUCCCCUCUAACCCCACCAUCGCCGUCACCAUGUCUUCUUUCUUCAUUCCCAACAAGAAUGUUGGCAAUCAAGCCGACUCGGAAGAUUGGAGAAGUAAGCAAACAUCUGCCAUAAGCUCUGGCUUACAAAAUUUGUCCCUCCAACAGAUGUGUUAAUUCUUCUUAGUUCGCGGUUACAACCCUCUGACUCCCCCCGAUCUCCUUCAACACGAAAUCUCCCAAACCCCCGAGUCCAAGAAGACCGUUCUACAAGGCCGUAAUGAGACUGUGGCCAUUGUUAACGGCACUGACGAGAAGAACCGAUUGCUUGUCGUCAUUGGUCCUUGUUCCAUCCACGACCCUGCUGCCGCCCUGGCCUACUGCGACCUCCUCUUGAAGGAGAAGGAGAAGCACAAGGACGAGCUUCUCAUCGUCAUGCGAUCUUACCUAGAGAAGCCCCGCACAACUGUUGGCUGGAAGGGUCUGAUCAACGACCCUGAUAUUGAUGGUAGCUUCCAGAUCAACAAGGGUCUGCGAAUCUCUCGCCAACUCUUUGUCGACCUUACUGCCAAGGGUAUGCCCAUUGCCAGUGAAAUGCUGGACACUAUCUCUCCCCAGUUCCUCGCCGAUCUGCUCUCAGUGGGUGCCAUUGGCGCCCGUACAACCGAGAGCCAGCUUCACCGUGAGCUUGCCAGUGGUCUGAGUUUCCCUGUGGGCUUCAAGAACGGAACUGAUGGUUCUUUGAACGUCGCCAUUGAUGCCAUUGGUGCAGCCCAGCACCCCCACCACUUCCUCUCCGUUACCAAGCCUGGCGUUGUCGCCAUUGUUGGUACCGAGGGCAACAAUGAUUGCUUCGUCAUCCUUCGCGGUGGCUCGAAGGGUACCAACUUCGAUGCUGAGAGCAUUGCCGCUGCUAAGGAGGCACUCAAGAAGAAGGGCGUGCGACAGCGAGUUAUGGUCGACUGCAGUCACGGUAACUCUUCUAAAGACCACAAGAACCAGCCCAAGGUUGCUGCCGAUAUUGCCGGCCAGAUCUCCAAGGGAGAGGAGGGUAUCAUGGGAGUCAUGAUUGAGAGUAACAUCAAUGAGGGUAACCAAAAGGUUCCCCCUGAGGGCAAGUCGGGACUCAAGUAUGGUGUAAGCAUCACCGAUGCUUGUAUCAGCUGGGAAGACACUGUCUCGACACUCGAUACUCUUGCGCAGGCCGUGAAGGCCCGCCGAGAACUCUCAAACGGAGCCUAAAGUCUGAUUUCUACCACAUCAUGGGCAUGUAAUACGUUUAGCGCUCGAUCCAAAACAAAUUUUCUUGGGAUUGGGGUUGCAUAUUGUUGCAAAAGCUCGCAUAUUUGAUUCAAGGCUUGGAGUUUAAUGGAUUCUUGAUUCAAAGGAUAGAUAAAAAAGCAUAAGGCAAAAGGGCGAAAUCUGGAAAGCAACAGACAAUAAGAAGAUAUGAGAUUAUUUAACAUGAAAUAGCUGGGAUUUCAUUGCGUAAAUCAGACAUUUCCUUACUGGAGCGUAUCACAUACUGUCCCUGGCA